GGACUAGGGAGCCGGGCGGAUAGAGAAGUAGGAGGCAGGGCGAGGAGAGGAUGAGCUCAGGCUCCCUCCCGCUCCAGUUGCCAGACCGUCUGUUCUUUGUUGCAGACGGGGGUGGGGCGGAUUCUCCUCUGCUCGGGGAUCGCAGUUAAAACCCGGCUGGGUGUCUGUGUGCGGAUCCCGGAGCGACUUCCCCUCCCAGCUGGGCCGCCCCUUGGGACGUAGCGAUGCGCGACUCCGGCUCUCAGUGGGGAAGUGCGGGGCCAACUCAUUCAUACACAGAGCUCGUGUAGGGCCAGUUGUUUUAUUAAUAGCCGGCUGCUCCCGGGAUCUCAUUAUCUUCCCUGUGUAACCAAUAACCAAUAGUAUUGCCCCAAGUGUGUGUUUGUCCAUUCCCUCAUAUAUUUGCCCCAAUAUCUUCAGCUCAUUGUCACUAUAACUGCCCCAACCCUUCCAUUACUUACUGUGACUGCCCUUAACCCUUCCACUACUUACUGUAACUGCCCUUAACCCUUCCAUUACUUACUGUAACUGCCCUUAACCCUUCCAUUACUUACUGUAACUGCCCCAACCCUUCCACUACUUACUGUAACUGCCCUUAACCCUUCCACUACUUACUGUAACUGCCCCCAACCCUGCCACUACUUACUGUAACUGCCCCUAACAUUCCACUACUUACUUCAAUUGCCCCCAACCCUUCCAUUACUUACUGUAACUGCCCCUAACCCUUCCAUUACUUACUGUAACUGCCCAUAACCCUUCCACUACUUACUUCAAUUGCCCCAACCCUUCCACUACUUACUGUAACUGCCCCCAACCCUGCCACUACUUACUGUAACUGCCCCUAACAUUCCACUACUUACUUCAAUUGCCCCCAACCCUUCCAUUACUUACUGUAACUGCCCCUAACCCUUCCAUUACUUACUGUAACUGCCCCUAACCCUUCCACUACUUACUUCAAUUGCCCCAACCCUUCCAUUACUUACUGUAACUGCCCCAACCCUUACACUACUUACUCUGACUGCCCAUAACCCUUCCAUUACUUACUGUAACUGCCCCUAACCCUUUCAUUACUUACUGUAACUGCCCCAACCCUUACACUACUUACUGUGACUGCCCAUAACCCUUCCAUUACUUACUGUGACUGCCCAUAACCCUUCCAUUACUUACUGUAACUGCCCCUAACACUUCCAUUAAUUACUGUAACUGCCCCAACCCUUCCACUACUCACUGUGACUGCCCUUAACCCUUCCAUUACUUACUGUAACUGCCCCUAACACUUCCAUUACUUACUGUACCUGCCACUAACCCUUCCACUACUUACUGUAACUGCCCCUAACACUUCCAUUAAUUACUGUAACUGCCCCAACCCUUCCACUACUCACUGUGACUGCCCUUAACCCUUCCACUACUUACUUUAACUGCCCCUUACCCUUUCACUAUUUACUGUAACUACCCCUAACGCUUCCACUACUUACUUUAACUGCUCCUAACCCUGCCAUUACUUACUGUACCUGCCCCUGCACUUCCACUACUUACUGUAACUGCCCCUAACCCUGGCGUUACUUACUGUAACUGCCCCUAACCCUGCCAUUACUUACUGUACCUGCCCCUGCACUGCCACUACUUACUGUAACUGCCCCUAACCCUUCCACUGCUUACUGUAACUGCCCCAUACCUUUCCUGUCAUAAGUGCAGUCUGUAUCGGGAUUAAUUUAUAACCAGUACGGUAGCAUCAGCUUCUAUGUCCUAUGAAGUCCUCACUAAGAUCUUGAUUUCCCACGUCCCCAAAGCUUCUCCACAGAAUACCAGAGCUCACUGAGCAUGUGCGGUGCCACUGACUGCUGGAGGUGUGGACGAUGGCCCAGGAACCAAUGGAUGAAGCUAUAUUUAUAUGGUGUGAUGACUGCGGGCAGUAUCAUGAUUCCGAAUGCCCCGAGCUGGGACCUGUAGUUACUGUGCAGGAUUCUUUUGUUUUGAGCCGAGCCCGGUCUUCCCUUCCUACAAACCUGGAGAUCAGGCAGGCGGAGGAAGGCACAGAAGGGGUUUUUGCAGUGACGCCGCUAGUGAAGCGCACCCAGUUUGGCCCAUUUGAGUGUAAGAGAGUCUCCAGACUAGACAAAGAUCCGGCUUUCCUGCUCAAGGUGUUCUACAAAGAUGGGCGGGUGGAGCUGUGCGACACAUCCAGUGAAGACGAUUGCAACUGGAUGAUGUUUGUGCGUCCGGCCACGGAGUUCUCCCAUCAGAACCUGACAGCCUUCCAGCAUGGCCACGACAUCUACUUUACUACCUCCCAGGAUAUAGCGUUAGGCGCCGAGCUGCGAGUGUGGUACGCAGCCUUCUAUGCAAGGAGAAUGGAGAAAGCUCUGCUCAAGCCUCCCAUACCUGAAGUGAAUUUCUUGGCCGCUGAACCUGAAAAAGACCUGGACCCAAGUUCUUCGAAGACUCCCCCAACCUCCAUAUUGUCUCCCAAAAAGAUGAAAGUGACGCAUCCACCUGCAGCCUACACUUCAGUUUCAUGUCAGGACAACAGUGACAUCAUUCACGUGGAAACCUGCCACUGGACCUGUAAAGUGUGUAGCAUCACCUUUAUCGAACCCAAUCUUUUGACAGAACAUUUGCUAAGUCACUUAGAACAAGCCAAAGGGAUUCCUCCUCCAACUCAAUGUGAGAACUCCUACAUGGAGUGCGAUACUGUGAGUGCCGACCAGACCGUCAUCUGCGCCGACUCCAAUGCAAACCUGGAGGUGAAGAAGAAGCCGAAAAGGGGCCGCAAGUCCAAGGUUCCAAAAGGCGACAUCCCUCUUGUGAUCGUGGAUGAUGACAGUCCACCAGAACACAACCCCAUCUUGUACACUCCAGUCUUCUCAUCCGACCGAGUGGCGGAAAUUAUAACGGAGAUCCCCCCCGACGAUGUUCAUCUGCAGCACGAUUCAGAGGACAAGUUCAUGGAGCUGAUGUUGGGGAAAUUACCCAACGCCACCAACUGCCUGCCCCCCGUCUCCAAGUUUGCUUUUCACCAAAAUAACAGCCCCAUGAAGAGAAGCAUGUUGCUCCCCGGCAGCCGACACGGGAUCAGGCGCAAGUUUGCGAGGCAGCUGGGAGAUCACAAGCGCGUGUUCCAGUGCAACAUCUGCUCUAAAGUAUUCCGCAACAGCAGCAACCUUAGCCGGCAUGUCCGAUCCCACGGAGACAAGCUGUUUAAGUGCGAGGAGUGCUCCAAACUCUUCAGUCGAAAAGAGAGCCUCAAGCAGCACGUUUCUUAUAAGCACAGCAGGAACGAGGUAGAUGGGGAUUACAGAUAUCGCUGCAACACCUGCGAGAAGGCUUUUCGGGUACAAGGUUUUUUGGAGUUUCACAACUGUAGAACAGAUGACAAGUCGUUCCAGUGCGAGAUGUGCUACCGCUUCUUCUCCACCAACAGCAACCUCUCCAAGCACAAGAAGAAGCAUGGGGAGAAGAAAUUUGCCUGUGAGAUCUGUAACAAACUGUUCUACCGGAGAGACGUUAUGCUGGAGCAUCACCGGAGGCACCUGGAAGGUGAAAAUGGAGUGAGGCGGCUAAAACGGGAAAGCCUCCAUCAGAACACCAACAAUUCAAUCCGAUAUAAAAAGGAACCAUCUGCCUGUCCUGUAUGUGGGAAGAUGUUCUCCUGCAGAAGUAACAUGAACAAGCACCUCCUCACUCACGGAGACAAGAAAUACACCUGCGAAAUCUGUGGCCGAAAAUUCUUCAGAGUGGACGUUCUCCGGGAUCACAUCCACAUCCAUUUCAAGGACAUUGCCCUGAUGAAUGACCAGCAGCGGGAAGAAUUCAUUGGGAAGAUUGGCAUCUCGUCGGAGGACAAUGACGAAAACUCUGAUGGGAGUGUAGAAACGGAGCCCCACAAGUACAGCUGCAAGAGGUGCCAGAUCUCCUUUGCUCGGGGGAAGGAAUACCUCAGGCACAUCAUGGAUAUUCAUGCAGAGAAUGGCUAUGACUGCAGCAUUUGUCACCGACGCUUUGCCCUUAAAGCAACAUAUCACGCUCACAUGGUCAUUCACCGGGAGAACUUGCCUGACCCAGAGGUGCAGAAGUACAUUCACCCUUGCGAGGUCUGCGGCAGGAUUUUCAACAGCAUCGGAAACCUGGAGAGACACAAACUCAUUCACUCAGGAGUGAAGAGUCACGGCUGCGAGCAAUGUGGGAAAUCAUUUGCCCGGAAGGAUAUGUUAAAGGAGCACAUGAGGGUCCACGACAACCUCCGGGAGUACCUCUGCGCUGAAUGUGGGAAAGGAAUGAAGACAAAGCACGCUCUCCGACACCACAUGAAGCUGCACAAGGGUAUCAAGGAGUACGAGUGUGUGGAGUGUCACCGCAGGUUUGCUCAGAAGGUCAACAUGCUCAAACACUACAAGAGACACACAGGGAUCAAAGACUUCAUGUGUGAACUGUGUGGAAAAACAUUCAGUGAAAAGAACACCAUGGAAACCCACAAACUUGUUCACACAGAAGUGGGGAAGCAGUGGACGUGCACAGUAUGUGACAAGAAGUACGUGACAGAGUACAUGCUCCAGAAACACGUCCAGCUCACUCAUGACAAGGUGGAGGCACAGAGCUGCAAUCUGUGUGGCACCAAGGUGUCAACCAGAGCAUCCAUGAGCCGCCAUUUAAGACGCAAGCACCCAGAGGUCCUUUCUGUACGGAUUGAAGACUUAGAUGACCUGCAAGAAUCUGAGACCAUUGACACAUCAUUAAGCAAUGUACAGCAAGAGCUGGAUGUGGAAGAGAACGAAUGCUUGUCGCGGACAAAGAGGAUGAGAAUUGGCACCCCCCAUGCAGGGAAGGGCAAAGCUCUGGAGGAAGAAGAAGAGGAGCAGGAAGAUUCCACAUUUACUGAAUAUCAGGAAAAAGACUCAGAGUUUACUCACAACAGCGGAGACGAGGAUGGUUCAGCUGUGGAGACAUUGCAGCAGGUUGUGGUCACAAUCAGCGAUGGUGUCCCUGCACCAUCUUGUACAGUUGGCCUAACAAACAUUACAGUAACGCCCAUAACUACGACAGCAGGGACUCAAUUUGCCAGCCUUCAACCUGUAGCCGUGGGCCACUUGGCCACUUCUGAGCGGCAGUUGCAGCUGGACAGCUCCAUCUUGACUGUCACCUUCGACGCGGUCAGCGGCAGUGCCGUGCUGCACAAUCGCCCCACAGAACUGGCCAUUGCAGCCUCACAGGAUGCCACCGGACCUCAGCCUAUAGCGCACUUCAUCAACCUCACCACUUUUGUGAACUCCAUCGCCCCUCUGGGAGGUCAGAUUUCUAGUGAGGCACCACUGACAUGGAGGGCAGUGCCUGCGGGGGAAACCCCACCUCCUCCUGAAGAAGAUCAGCCCUCUGACCAAGCUGAGCAGGAGUCAUCAGGGCCACACAAUGUGCAGGAGGUUCACACAGACACACAAGGACAAAUGUACAGUUACUAAGCUAUCUCUGGAGUGGAGGUUUGGGAUGUGCAGCUAUCAGAGCCGCGAUUGGUUCAUCAGCUAAAACACCAUGUCGUUAUUUCUGUGACGAACUACCUUGAAUAGCUAUCCUGACACUGGAAAAUACUGAAAGACUGUAUUUGGGCCAUUACUGUAACAUUUAGACUGAUGAGCUGUAAGAACUCUGCAUAUAUGUAAGCAGAUGUUCCUAUUGGUUGGAUCAGGUUGUAAUUGUGAACUUGUGAUUGGUCAUUGAUUACCUAGCUUCAGGCUGAAAUUAUCUAGAGACCAUAGAAGUUGGGUGGGCAUUUCACUUCACAAGAGCUGGUGGGUUGCGUAACUGAAGUUCAUAAUGAGUAAAACCCCAUAACCGAUCUCAAACCCGCCCCCCUUGCAGGUAUUGAUGGCAGUUGGGACCAUGUAUCCAUGGUUACUCCACUAAUAAUGUAUAAUAUUUAUGACUAAGCCCAGGAGGCCUCAGAUGAAGUAUUUGCUACAGAGUGUAAUAGAAUUUACUAGCAGGCCAUUAGAAAAAGAUCAAUAUUGGAUAAAUAUCAUCAUAUCUCAAUACAGACAAUGUCAUAUGUUUCAUUGUGCUACCUAACUGCCAACGUGUGAUCAUAUAAUAUCCAUGCGCCAGAAGCAUACUAUAUACAUACAGAUAUAGAUCACUAUGUGAUUCCACUAAUAACCACCAUCCAUGUGACAUAUUGCCAUGAGUCCCAGCCUUUAGCUCAAGGCAUCAAUAAAAUAAAUAUUAAGUCGGACAUUUUGGCUUAAUUACUGUAUACUAAUUCCUGUUUCUUAGCCAAAUUGUACAAUGUGACUUUUUUUUUUUGUUAUUUACCCCAAUUUAUUUAUUGACUCUGUGGCCUUGUCGGUAACAUAUUCUUGUUGUUCCACUUGUCGUAUUGAAAAUGUUUAUGCUCUGUUAUUUGAAGAACAAGUUGUUUGUUUGUUAAUCGUUAUUGUAUUAUUUCUGUGCCUGAAAACGGCUAUAGUAAAAAUGAACUGACGCUA